UACCUCCACUAGCCGUUGCAAAACCCAAUACUCAAAUCUCUGGAGAGACAGAGAGAAGCGAAGAGCUAGCAAUUCUUAUAGGGUUUCGCUUUCUUCCCAAUCAAGAACGCCAUCGACAAGAUCGAUUCCAUUUAUGUAGAGAAAAGAUGAUGUCUCUUACUCCUGAUCAGUUCCGAAAGGUGGGGUUGGGAGUUUCGCCAUCUCCAUCGCCAUUUUAUACUCCUAGGCCUGAACGGCGUCGGGCGGACUCCAGAGCAUUUGAGGUGAACUCGAAUCGGCAGGAGAAAGAUCGGGAGGUCAACAUUCAAGUUUUGCUCAGAUGCAGGCCAUUAAGUGAUGAUGAGCAAAGGUUGAACAUCCCAAAGGUCGUAACAUGUUACGAGCAUAAAAGAGAAGUCACUGUUCUGCAAAAUGUAGCUAAUAAACAAGUGGAUAGAGUUUUCACCUUUGAUAAGGUUUUUGGGCCAAAAGCCCAGCAGCGAUCAAUAUAUGACCAAGCCAUUGUCCCCAUUGUAAACGAAGUUCUUGAAGGCUUCAACUGCACUGUCUUUGCAUAUGGGCAGACAGGCACUGGCAAAACAUAUACAAUGGAAGGGGGCAUGAGAAACAAGAGUGGUGAAUUGCCUGCUGAGGCUGGUGUUAUCCCUAGAGCAGUUCGACAAAUUUUUGAUACACUGGAGGCACAAAAUGCAGAUUACAGUAUGAAAGUGACAUUCUUGGAACUUUACAAUGAAGAAAUUACAGAUCUUUUGGCUCCUGAAGACUACUCUAGGACUCUGGAAGAUAGGCAAAAAAAACCAAUUACCCUGAUGGAGGAUGGGAAGGGUUGUGUGAUUGUAAGAGGCCUUGAAGAAGAAGCUGUAUAUAGUGCAAACGAAAUUUAUAAUCUCUUGGAACGAGGAGCAGCUAAAAGGCGAACUGCAGAUACCUUGUUAAACAAGCGUAGCAGCCGUUCUCAUUCUGUAUUUACCAUUACAAUCUACGUUAAAGAAGCAACUGUAGGAGAUGAGGAUCUCAUCAAAUGUGGAAAGCUUAAUCUUGUUGACUUGGCAGGGUCAGAGAAUAUUUCUCGUUCAGGUGCACGAGAGGGUCGUGCAAGAGAAGCCGGAGAAAUAAACAAGAGCUUACUUACCUUGGGCAGAGUCAUAAAUGCCCUUGUGGAACGCUCUGCUCAUACACCUUACAGGGACAGUAAGCUAACAAGGCUGCUAAGAGAUUCACUGGGAGGGAAAACAAAAACUUGCAUUAUUGCGACAAUUUCUCCAUCUGCUUAUUGUUUGGAGGAAACUUUAAGCACACUAGAUUAUGCCUACCGUGCUAAAAACAUAAAGAACAAGCCAGAGGCAAACCAAAAAAUGUCCAAGGCAGUAUUGCUCAAGGACUUGUACUUGGAAAUUGAUAGGAUGAGACAAGAUGUUCGAGCAGCCAGGGAAAAGAAUGGCGUCUAUAUUCCACAUGAAAGAUAUGCUCAGGACGAAGCUGAAAAGAAGGCAAAGAAUGAGAAGAUAGAGCAAUUAGAGAUUGAUUUCAACCUAUGUGAGAAGAAAGUUGAUGAAUUUCGUGAGCUCUAUCUUACAGAGCAAGAAGAGAAAUUAGAGUUAGACAGUGAACUCAAACACUGCAAGAUAAAUCUGGAAAACACUAACAAGGCAUUGGAGCAUAUUCAAGAGAACCACAAGAUAGCCAUAACAAAACUCAAGGAAAAGGAAUUUUUCAUCUCCCAACUUCUCCACUCAGAAAAUUCUUUAAUUGACCAUGCAAAGGAGUUGCGGACCAAUUUGCAAGAUGCAUCAGAGGACAUAUCUGUUUUAUUUACCAAAUUAGAUCAGAAAAAUCAAUUGGAAGUAGAAAACCAAGGACUGCUUCUGACUUUUGGUUCGCAGCUUGAUCAGAGUCUGAAAGACCUGCACAAGACCCUCCUGGGUUCAGUUUCUCAACAACAGCAACAAAUGAGAUGCAUGGAGGAGCAUGUUGCUUCAUUUCUUGCUAGUAAAUAUGAUGCAACCCAGGCGCUGGAAUUUAGGAUCAAAAAGAUGUCAGAGAUAUAUACUUCUGGAGUCACAACCCUGAAGGAGCUUGCUAAUUCAUUACAAACUAAUGCUUCUUCAGACCUAGACCAGAUCAAGUCUACAAUGGAAUGCAAAAUUAGUGCACUUGAUAAUUUCUUUAAAAAUGCAGUUUUGGAGGCCAAGGAUGUAAUUUGUGAUAUCCAAAAUUCUCUUAAUGAGCAAAAACAGCUAUUGGCUUUCUCUGCCCGACAGCAACAAGAUGGAUUGCAUCAAAGUAUGGCUUCUGCAGAAGUGAUUUCAAAAGCAACAACAGGUUUCUUUAAUGACCUUAGCCAACGUGCUUCUGAACUGAUGACACUUCUUAAACAAAGCCAGGUUGAUAAAUCUCACCAACUGGCAACUUUUGAGGGAAUGUUUAAGGAAAAAGCUGCUAAAGAAGAGAAGCAGGCAAUGGAGAAAAUCGCAGCAAUAUUAGCUUCUUUGACAGCUAAUAAAACAGCUAUGGUUUCAGGGGCCUCAAGAGAUUUGGAGGAAUGCAAUACACAAGAGAAUAGGAGGUUGCUGCAAGAACUAUCCAGUAUGCAGAAAGUUUCAGAUGAUGCAAGGAACGAGUUGAAAGAAUACUUAGAGAAGGUGAAAGGCCAUUUCUUGGAAGACACAUUUACAUCUGCAGAAACCAGAGCUACAAUAGAAAGUUGCCUCCAGGAGUGCUCAAAUAGGGUCAACUACUCUAGACAGCAGUGGGAAAAUGCACAGCUAUCCAUCAACCAUCUCAAUAAGAGCAGUAUUGCAGAGAUGGAAUCGACUAUAAUGGCAAAAGUUAACUUGAAUCAGGCUGCAUAUGAGAAGAUGGUCUCUACAUCUGCAUCCAUUAAUGAAGAAUUUGAAGCGAAAGCCUGUGACAUGCUGGCAGCAGUUCAAAAUUCACUGAUGCUGGACCAGGAAGCUAAGAAGGAGAUAGAUUUUAUGUCUACCAUGUGCCUGGAUGAACUCAAGAAUGUUAGAGAGAACCAUACUGAGGGCAUAACAAAUAUCAGAAACCGAGCAGAGCAGUGUCUGAGGAAAGAUUAUUUGGUUGAUCAACAUACAACUCCUAAGAUGAAAGUAAUAGCAGUCCCUAGCUUGGAGUCUAUUGAGGAAAUGAGAACACCUGCCAUCGAAGAUCUUAUGGGAAAAUUUGCCCCAGAGAACAGACCAAAUUUGGCUGGCACAGAAAGCAAGAUCCAACUGCAACAUCGGCCAUUUGUUGGAGUAUCACCGAAUAGGACUCCUUUUGCAGAUGUCAACUGAUGUUGAUCAGCAUUGCCAAAUAAACUAGCUUCAGAUGUCAUCUUGUGGUAAGCAUGUUUAAAAGUGUUAGCAGGCAUUUGGAUUAAAGGAAAGCUUGAGCAGCUUUGCCUGUUGUAUAUUAUGCGAUGAGUACUAAAUUAAACUGCAAAACACUCAUCAACUGAUGAGUAACAUUCCAUUUCAGGUAGACAGUUAGAAGAAUCCAUGAACACACUGAAUUGCAACAUUCUUUGUCAUGAUUUGUAUCUUACUGUUAAAUGUUAAAUUUUCUCAUAGUAUUAGUAUUUGAUAAUAGCAAUCUCAAAGUGUUUUAUGAUCAGCAA